AAUGGUGGCUGUUGGCGCCCGGCGCGGAGCACGGCCACAGCACGCGGCGCAGGGGGCGACCACUCCAAGAGCCUCAGCAUGACCCUCAGCACGACGCUCAGCACGAGCCUCAGCAGAAGUUCCCGUGCGCGCUCUGCGGCCAGGUGUACAAACACCCGUCCUCACUGUCCAAACACCGGCGCUACGAGUGCGGCAUCGAACGCCAGUUCUCGUGCCCUUUCUGUCCACACAAGGCGAAGCGCAAGCACCACCUGCAGCUGCACAUCGGUCGCCACCACAAGAACCUUGUCGCGUGAUUGCAGCGACCCGGUCCCGGUGGAUGCUGUACAGUAGCGACGCGCUACCCGACUCUCUGUACCCGGCGCGCCGCUUCGAGUGCAGCGACUGCGGCAACGCGUACAAGCACGCCCAGAGCCUGUGGAAGCACCGCAAGUUCGAGUGCGGCAAGGCGCCCGCCUUCCCCUGCCCCUACUGCCCGCACCAGGCCAAGCGCAAGCAGCACCUGGAGCUGCACGUGACGCGCAAGCACGGCGACCGGUCCCAGUGAACUGAACAACUCUGUGUUAUGUUUGUCUGAUCCAUGUCUACGAAAUAAAGUGGUUUUCAACUUGCCAGCUCA